AUGGAUCACUGGGACCCGGCUUUGAUCAAUCCGCUGGCCGCCCGUCGACCGGUUGUGCUCAUUGAUGACGCUGGUGUUGGACGGUCACGGGGCGACCUUUUCCGACUGGGCCGGGAACUACGUCGACGUGAUGGAGGCGAUGGGGAUCCGGCGAGCCCAUGUGAUGGGCUUCUCCACGGGAGGACGUGCCGCACAGGUGCUUGCUCUCAACGCUCCCUCGCUCGUGCGAGGCCUGGCUCUCUGUGGCACCGUGCCGAGCACUGGCGAUGGUGUUGUAAAGGCACCGCUCGGGCCCUUCAGCCAGCUUAA